AUAUCAGACCAGGCAACACCUAAUUUGGACGCCUGUCUCUACAUCUCUUAUUAGAAAGAGACUUCAGAGAUCAUAAGGAAGUCCACCGUACCACCUUGCCGUUGAGAAAUCGAAAGAAAUGGGGAGGCCACCUUGCUGUGACAAAGUUGGUGUCAAGAAAGGGCCAUGGACACCAGAGGAAGACAUCAUCUUGGUCUCUUACAUUCAAGAACAUGGACCAGGGAAUUGGAGAGGAGUUCCUGCUAAUACAGGUUUGCUUAGAUGCAGUAAGAGCUGCCGGCUUCGGUGGACAAAUUAUCUCCGUCCCGGUAUUAAGCGUGGUAACUUCACCGAUCAUGAGGAGAAGAUGAUAGUCCACCUCCAAGCUCUUUUGGGUAAUAGAUGGGCGGCCAUAGCAUCCUAUCUUCCACAGAGAACAGAUAAUGAUAUAAAAAACUACUGGAAUACCCAUUUAAAGAAGAAGCUCAAAAAGCAUGAUGGAGGCCUCGAUGGGCAUCAUCAAGAUGAGUUCUCAGCCUCGCAGACAAUACCCAAAGGCCAGUGGGAGAGAAGACUCCAAACAGAUAUCCACAUGGCUAAGCGAGCCCUGUGUGAGGCUUUGUCCCUUGACAAGCCAACCCAACUGCCUGACUCAAAUCCCCCUUACACCAGACCAUAUCAAGCGUCCACAUACGCAUCAAGCGCUGAAAAUAUAGCUCGAUUGCUCGAGAACUGGAAGAAAAGUUCCCCAAAAUCAGCUCAGACAAACUCAGAAACCACUCAGAAUUCCUCCAACAAACUUCAUGCGACCGGUUCGAGCUCUAGUGAAGGUGCCACCACACCAGAAGCUUUUGAUUCGCUGUUGAGCUUCAAUUCUUCCACCUCUGAUGUCUCUCAAUCUGUGUCGGUGGACGAGGCUGCAAACUUGACACCAGAAGCAAGCAUCUUCCAGGAUGAAAGCAAGUCGAAUUCGGACACUGAAGUCCCUCUCACGUUGCUAGAGAAGUGGCUCUUUGAUGAUGGUACAGCUCACGGCCAAGAAGACCUAAUUAACAUGUCGUUAGAGGACGGUGCAGGGUUGUUUUAAAAUGAAACUCAGCCUAGCUAGGUUUAGGAGUCUCUUUGUCUUUGUUGUUUCGGCCUUGAGCCGUCUGUAUAACUUCUUUCUAGCCCAAGCAGAAAGAUGAUUCCCCCUUAAUGGAGGAAAAGAAACUGUAAAUCAAAAGUACAUCUAUAUAAUAUGCUAUAUGUGCUGCUUAAUUAAGUAAAUAAAUUAAAUCUAUCAUCUUCUUAGAA